AUGGAGAAACGUAGUGAGGGACAUUUAGAACGCCUUCCGGCAACUGUAAGGCCGACACUGGCCAUCAAGGCGUUCGAGCAUUUGAGUGUCAAAGGUAAAGACCCGAUACGCCUGAGAGCCCACCGCCAGAUCCUGGUCCUCCUGUUGACGGCCGCUGCAGCCGUCCAGAAAGAGGAGCUUGGGCCCUUGAACCAAACCGGCGAGCCUUUUGAUUCACAGUUGCUCUGGGACCUGAGUGCCAGUGGCUGCGGAUCAUUGCCAGAAAAGCGGUCAUCCCUGGACUCCAAGGCGGGCAGCAACAAAAUCACGCCCUUCGGUCGGGAAAACACGGCGGGCGAGCUGCAGGACAUCGCGGCGAAGUCCCAGGACACCUUGGUGGAUGCCGUUGAGACAGCAGAGGCGGGCGUGGCGAAGAACACUUUGCCCAGACCUUUAGUGCUGCAGCACACCGCACCCGAAGCUGUCGUGCAGGCUGAGAAGGUGCAGAACACGGUGCCCGAAGCUGUCCUGCAGGCGUGCGUGCGCCUCUGCGAAGAUGUAGAGCUUCUCGCCCGGCUGAGCCAGCUUUGCAAAGCUAUGUGGCAGGUCAUUUCCAACCCCCACUUCUUGGAAGAGCUGCGUGCGCAGAUCGCCCUGACGCAUUCUUGGUUGAUGUUUGCGAGCCGGCGCGAGUGGCUCGACCGGACUGACCUCGGCUUCACUACGCUGGCUUCAAUAUCUGGCUGGGUACGCCUCCAGCAUGACCUGGAAGUCGAUGCCAGACUCGCUAGAUCCGACAACCAGGUGUGCGUGACAGCCUGCCUCCCUGUGCAGCAACCGGCCUCCACGCAUCCUGGGGCGCGGCAUGCAAGACUGUGCAGCAUGAUUGUGAUGCUCUGCGCUUCGUGCACCUUAGGGCUCUCUGGUUGGAGCGCUCUGUCCCUGUUUGCCACCGUAUCGAUAGCGGCUGCCUUCGUGCUGCCUCUGCGUUUUCUCUCUGAGUCCCCGCGCUGUGAUUGGGAGAGCGUGUCCGACUUUGACGAUGGGAUCCGCGAUGGGCCGCAGGAGCUGUCGGCGGAGGUGCGCAACGCAAUCGUGCGCUACUGUCAGGAGCAUCCGUGGCCAGCGGUCGGUGUUGCAGGCACGCCUGUUGCCCCGCGUGAAUCUCCACAGUGA